UGUUCCACCUGGAGGUCACAGGAUGCCGGUGCAGGCAGCUCAAUGGACUGAGUUUCUAUCCUGCCCUAUCUGCUACAAUGAGUUUGAUGCCUGCAGCCACAAGCCCAUCAGCCUGGGCUGCUCGCACACCGUCUGCAAGACCUGCCUGCACAAACUGCACCGCAAGGCCUGUCCUUUUGACCAGACGGCCAUUAGCACUGACAUUGAUGUGCUGCCUGUCAACUGUGCCCUCCUGCAGCUGGUGGGGGCGCCGGUUCCGGAGGGAGAGAUUGUGAGUGUGGGCAGUGUUGAAGACACAAGACAUUAUGAAGUGUGCAGGAUCUGUGUGGAGGAGCUGGCGCUGUAUCUCAAACCAAUCAGUGGAGGAAAAGGUGAGUGUGUGAAGAAAGUGAUACAGGUACAUCAACAACAAUGACUGUGAGUGCUGCAUUAUUGUUUAGGCUUGCGCCUGAACGAGCUCACGUUUGGAUAGUGCAACAUUUCCUGUUGUUCAGCGGCUACAUGUGCUUUAUCUGUCUGUGGUUGGAGAUGUUUGCGUCAGUGAGAAAAAAAAAAAAAGGAAAAACACAGAAACCCAAAGGCCGCUUCAGAAACAAGAGAAAAACAUGCACGUAUUUUAUAUGCAAUACAUGCAAUGAAAUACAGUGAAAAAAUAAAUGUUUACAAUAAACAUUCAUGUUUAGUAAUGCUUAAUAAAAGUAAAAUGAAAGCAAUAAGCAUGUUAUAUCCUACCCGGUGCAUUUUCGUACAUUAUUGCUUAUCAGAUGCUGGUGUUACUUAUUAUUCGUGGAAUAAUUUCCCACUGUGUUAAACACGAGAACGGCUCUUUGUAGGCGAAUAAAACACUUGGUCUCCAUGAGCAAUAAA